AUGACCCAGUAUUUUCUUGUCUUGUUCGGUGGAAGAGAUGAGGAUGACCAUUCCAAUGACUCGUACGCGUUGGAGGUCGCGUUUUAUGCCGGCAACAUUAAGGUGGUGGUGCGCGUGCGGCCCUUCAAUGCUCGCGAAAAGGACCGCAACGCAAGAUGCAUCGUCUCUAUGAAAGAAAACCAGACGGUGCUCACGCCUCCACCGCCAGAAGGAAAGAACAGCAAGCCCGCCAAAGCGGCCCUCGAAGGGACGAAGACGUACGCUUUCGACAAGAGCUAUUGGUCCUUCAACAAGGAUGACAGCCACUUCGCCGGGCAGGAGGACUUGCACUCGGACUUGGGGAAGCCUCUGUUGGACAAUGCCUUCCAGGGGUACAACAACUGCAUCUUUGCGUAUGGGCAGACGGGGUCGGGGAAGAGUUACAGCAUGAUGGGGUAUGGGGCAGAGGAGGGUGUGAUACCGAAGAUCUGUCGGGAUAUGUUUGAGCGGAUUGAGAGCAUACAUGAAGCGGACAAGAACAUGACUAGCACGGUCGAGGUGUCAUAUCUGGAAAUCUACAAUGAGCGGGUUCGAGAUCUCCUCAACCCGGCCACCAAGGGCAAUCUGAAGGUCCGAGAGCAUCCGUCUACGGGACCGUAUGUGGAGGACCUGGCCAAGCUGGUGGUACGAGACUUUGCAGAGAUCGAUCACCUGAUGGACGAGGGCAAUAAAGCUCGGACGGUCGCAGCUACGAACAUGAAUGAGACAUCGUCUCGCUCGCACGCUGUGUUCACCCUUACACUGACGCAGAAACGACACGAUGUGGAAACGAAUCUAGACACUGAGAAAGUGGCCAAGAUCUCACUGGUUGACCUGGCUGGUUCUGAGCGUGCUACUUCCACUGGAGCGACAGGUGCGCGACUGAAAGAAGGCGCCGAAAUCAAUCGCUCAUUGAGUACACUGGGGCGAGUGAUUGCUGCGCUGGCGGACAUGAGCGACCCAAAGGGCAAGAAGGCGAAAGGAAUGCAGGUGCCGUACCGUGACAGUGUACUUACGUGGCUGUUGAAAGACAGUCUGGGCGGAAACAGUCUGACUGCUAUGAUUGCAGCCAUAUCCCCAGCGGACAUCAACUUCGAGGAGACACUAUCAACCCUGCGAUAUGCUGACUCCGCGAAGCGCAUCAAGAACCAUGCUGUCGUGAACGAGGAUCCGAACGCACGCAUGAUCCGCGAGCUGAAGGAAGAAUUGGAGAAGCUGCGUGCACAACUCGGCCCUGGUGGCGGUGCUGCUGGCGGUGCGGCACUACCAGGCGAAGAGCAGUAUGCGCCUGGCACACCAUUGGACCAGCAGUUCGUUUCCAUUACCAGCGCCGACGGCAAUAUCAAGAAAGUCAGCAAGGCAGACAUCGCGGAGCAGCUAUCGCAGUCGGAGAAGCUGUACUCAGAUCUUAACCAGACCUGGGAGCAAAAGCUACAGACUACCGAGCGCAUCCACAAGGAGCGAGAAGCAGCGCUCGAAGAACUUGGCAUCAGCAUUGAGAAGGGCAAUGUCGGUCUCAGCACGCCGAAGAAGAUGCCGCAUUUGGUGAACUUGAGCGAUGAUCCGCUGUUGGCCGAAUGCUUGCUGUACAAUCUGAAGCCUGGCACUACUACAGUUGGCAACGUGGAGAGCAAUCAGAAUCGGGCUUCCUCGCCUCCAGCGGAAGUGGAUGGCGAUACUCACCAUCAACCAGAUGUCAUGCUCAAUGGAUCGAAGAUCUUGCACGACCACUGCACUUUUGAGAAUGUGGAUGGUGUGGUCACGGUCGUGCCAAAGGACGGAGCGGCAGUCAUGGUCAACGGCAUUCGCAUCGAGGCCCCAAAGCGGCUACGGUCAGGGUACAGAGUCAUACUGGGCGACUUCCACAUCUUUCGUUUCAACCACCCGCAAGAAGCAAGAGAGGAGCGGGAGCUGGGUGACCAGGAGAGGGGCAGCCUGCUCAAAUACUCCAUCACGGCUGAUGAGCUCGACGACACGCCUACCAAGCGGCCUGGACUCAGUGGGCAUCAGCGAAAUUCUAGUACCUGGUCCAGGCCAAUGUCGCCCGAUGGCGACAGCGAAGCGAUGGACUCUGGCGCAGCGAGCCCGGCACCGUGGCGCAUGAGCAACGGAAGGGACAGCGACUGGGCUUUCGCGAGACGAGAAGCUGCGUCGUCCAUCCUUGGUGGCGAUCGCAACAUCACGACUAUGACUGAUGACGAGCUCGAUGUUUUGCUGGACGAUGUCCAGCGUGUUCGCGCCGUUCGUCGCGCCCGCCCUGAAAGUCGUAUCUUUGACGGCAGUGCUAUCGGUGGCGGCGGUCAGGACACUGACACUGAGUCCGUCUCUUCUCAUCCUCUACAACGCGAGAAAUACCUGAGCAACGGCACCCUCGACAACUUCAGCCUGGACACUGCACUAACAGUGCCUUCAACGCCACGGCAACCUUCGUCUGAGUCGCCUGCUGAGGAGCUACAAGAAGGCGAUGAGCGCAUGAAGAAAGUCAAGGAGCAGAUGCAAGAACAGUUGGAGAGACAAAAAGACGAGUACGAGCAGAAACUCCACUCUGAAGAGGAAGGCGCCGUGGAGAUCGAAGUACUCAGACAGGAGAAAACGAGGAUGGAAGCCAGUCUGCAGGAGAUGAAGGAGCAGAUGCAGCAGCAGUUGAAGGACCAGAAGAAGGAGUUCGAAAGUAAAGUUGCUGAGAUCCGAAAGUCCACACCCGUACCGCGGGAUCGCAGGCGCAGCAGUCAUAGACCUGGGCAGAAGGUUCAGUUCAGCGAGGAGGAGAUCUACCUCGCGAAGUGGGUGCUGGAGCAUUGGCGAGCGCAGCGAAAUGUUCUUAUGGCAGCGGAUUUGCUGAGAAAUGCAAGCACGCUGAAGGAAGCACAAGUCCUCAGCCAGAGGCUGGGAAGAGAGAUCGUGUUCCAGUUCACCAUCGUCGAGGUGGGACACACAUUCGGCUCGUCCUACGACCUCGUUCUGAACGGUAUCUCUGCGGAGGAAAGCAAUGACCCGGAUCUCGAAGACGCUCGAAAGCCUUGCGUUGGAGUACGGGUCGUCGACUUCGGAAGGAACAUCAUACAGCUUUGGAGCCUGCAAAAAUUGCACGCCAGAGUCAAGAUGAUGCGACAGAUGCAGAAUUUGAUGGAUCGAGGACCUGAUGUCACGCAGCAUUUCCGGCUUGAUAAUCCUUUUGAGGACGACUGCAUGCCUGAAUACACUCGCGUUGGCGAUGCUGACAUACCACUCGCAGCUGUUUUUGAGUGUCGUGUCCAGGACUUCACGCUGGAUGUCAUCUCGCCGUAUACGUGCUCCGUCGUGGGCAUCGUACGACUGAGCGUCGAGCCCAGCUCUGCCGAAGCGCCAAAGGAGACGCUGAAGUUCAACGUCGUGAUGCACGACCUGGUGGGCUUUGCGGAGCGUGAAGGCACGAACGUACAUGCACAGCUUUUCAUCCCCGGCAUUUCUGAAGAAGGCGGUGCUACUACCACCAGCUUGAUCUCGGAGUUCGGCGAAGGACCUGUGAGGUUUGAAAGCGUGCACAGCAUGAGUCUGCCUCUAUCAGCACCUCGUGAGGCCAGCCUACGAGUCAGCAUUUUCGCGCAGAUCAGCCACAUGCACCUGGAUAAGUUGCUUAGUUGGGACGACAUCCGGGACUCUUCUGCCCAACCUGUGAGGCCUGGUCUUGGUCGGAACCCGUCCAGGUUACCGGAGCAUGAGUACUAUACUGAGGAGAGACACGAUGUCUUCGCCAGGGUGCAAGUGCUGGAAAUCGGCGAGGAAGGAGAGUAUGCACCUGUCGAGGUCGUGCAGAGUGGUACGCUCGACCAGGGCAGCUAUCAGCUGCAUCAGGGUCUCCAGAGGCGGGUCGUGCUGAGUCUGGUGCACAACUCAGGCGAGAGUCUACCGUGGGAGGAUGUCACCGGUUUCGCAGCUGGCACUGUGCAGCUGCUCGAUGAGUCCGGCAGACUGAUAGAUGGAUGUGACAGCAAUCAGACUGACGUCCUGCUUCCGCUUGUAGCGCCGCCAGUCAUCCGCACCAACGAGGAUGGCACGACGAGUGUCAAGAUGACCGGGCAGUGGGACUCAAGCGCCCAUGCAUCGGUGCUACUGGAUCGACCGACGCUCGAGAACAAACGAGUCCAAGUCACUCUGAAAUGGCAGAUCGCCUCUCCUCGAGUCACUCAGCCGAUGAAAUUCACCUUCGACUUCGCCGUGCAGACACGCCCGCGCACCUGGUUCCGCCAGAACUCGCUCCUUGCACAGCUAUGGCAUAAUCAGCGGGUGGUGCAUUCGACCGCUGGCAACUACUCCAUCACCCUGAAGCCGAGCGCUGCAAAGCGUGCUGGUGAUCUGUGGCGCAUGGACACCACCGGCGAGUACAUCUCUGGCGAGGAGAUGCUGGCUGGUUGGGCACCGAGGGGUAUGAGUUUGAUACGAGAUCACAUCAACUUACGCUUAAGGCAGAGGAGAGUCAGGGAGAUUGAAGCUGCGAGAGGAGUCCUGAGUCUCGAUGCUCUGUCGCCGCCACUGCGACCUGUCACGACCAACAGCGAAGACGAGGCUGGAGCUGACGAAAGGCAACGAACGCUUUUGCAGAAGUUCUUGGAUCUCUGGCAGUCCAAAACGCCCUUAGCUACAGACGUCGUCCUCUUCCGCUCCGGCAACGCCUCACCACAACCCACAACGAAGGGUGACCAUGACGAUACAGAUGACCCAUCAACUACAGUCCCGCUCGCAGCCCAAGUCGAACACCUCCUCAAAACCCCCUCCCUCCUCAAAGGCGGCUGGCUCCUCUCCCCCGACCCCUCCGGAACCCGCUGGAUCCGGCGCUUCGUCGAGCUCCGCCGUCCAUACCUCCACUUGUACUCCUCCGAAGGCGACGAAGUAGGCGCCAUCAACCUCACAAACUCCCGCAUCGACUCCGAACCGGAGGUCGCGAAGCUGCUGCGACGGCCGAAUGUGCGGUUGAGCGUGUGGGCGAUCUAUGCGACGAACAAGGCGUGGUUGUUUGCGUGCCGGAAUGAGAAGGAGAGGGGGGAGUGGAUUUGGGCUGUGGACCGGUCGUUGAGCGUUGAUGGGGCGCCGAGUGACGAGCUCGGUGGGCUUGUGUUGGAUGAUGAGGACGAAGAUUGA